AUGGUGUUUUCAAGAGAAAAGACCUGCCGAACAGUAAGAAGCAUGAACAUAACAGUAAAUGGAUCAAGUUCCUGGAGCUGCUCUAGUCUGAUAAAUCUAGAAGCAGAAAAAAUUGGAUCAACAGUUGCUCUUAGUUUGCUCCUUGUUGUUUCGCUGAUUGGAAAUUUCCUCAUCGUAUUAAUUGUUUACAAAACACCAACUUUAAGAAAACCGAUAAAUAUGUUGAUCGCAAAUAUGGCCAUGUCCGACCUGCUCUUUCCAAUAUUCACGUUCCCUGUUCAACUGGCAAAUUUGCACGUUGGCCGGUGGCUUAUUGGUGGUAACCUUGGUCAAGCCUUGUGCAAGCUACUUGUUUUCGGUAUAUACAUUUCCUUGUUAGUAUCUGUUCAGAGUCUGCUUCUGAUAACAGUGGAUCGAUUUGGAGCUGUUGUAGUUCCACUUCGUUCCCCUCUCAUAACUAUCAAGCAGUGUCCAUUCUUCAUUGUCGCUACGUGGAUAAUCGCGAUGGCCGUUCAUUCGCCAUUUCUUGUUGCUCAAAAAAUUGUUGAAUACCCUGGAGGAAUGAGGUGCAAAACUCAGUUGAGAGAAACUUUCGGAGAAAACGCAAGUAGAAAUUACAUCUUAGUACUUGGUAUCGUGUUUCUCUUCACCCCCUUUGUCUUGUUGGCGAUACUUUACUCCGUCAUCCUGAUCAAGCUUAAAAGGCAAGCCCAUCCAGGUGAGCCAUCAGCCAACGCUGAGGAACAGCGGACAAGAAGAAUCAGAAGCGUACGGAAGAUGGCUAUUGCUAUUGUUGUAGUGUUUUUCAUUUGCAGGAUACCACGGUUCAGUAGUCGGAUUAUAUCCGUUUUAAGUGCACCAAAAAGUUUCAUUUCUUGUAGUUUUUAUCUGUACAAUCUUAUCACCUUGUUUAUGGCUUCGGCAAACUGCGCUAUUAACCCGAUUAUCUGCCUUAUUUUUAGUAGUAACUAUCGCCAAGCUCUAAAGAGACUUAAGAAUUGCUGUAAUACAGGGCAAGAUUAACUUUUUGAGGACUAAAAGCUUUGCCUGUUCUGAAGUACCCUGGGUACCAGAGAUUUUUUCUCGUGUGUGACGAGGAGCUUCGUCGGCCGCAGGCCAACACGUCUUCGGCCUUCGGCCGAAGACACGAGUGGCGAAGCCGCGAGAAAAAACGCUUUUCGCGCGGGUCACUUUUUAAGACUUGACCGAAACCGGAAACCGCGCAUGAAAAGUCUCUGGCACCCAGGGUAGUUCUGAAGCGAUUCCAGAGAGAAAAAAAAAACGACCGACAUUAAUAAACAACUUUACUGUAAUAUGAUAAGCCGAAAAGGCUGUUAUUUUUAUCUUCGCUAACAAAGCUUCCGGAUGGUUUGCCGCACCACCCGGAAAGCAAAUACAAAGAAAGCAGUAUAAUAGCAGAUCCAAGCGCGAAAUUUGAAACUAAAUCAAAGAGAGCAGGUAGAACCGAGACGAAGACUUCAGCAGAAGCAGCAGAAGUGAAAGAAGAGGCCAGUGAACCCACGGGGGGGCUACUCCCAUAUAUGAGCUAUAUAGGUAGGUGCCGCGGAAUAGGGUAUGGUUUUUGA